AGGGGCAUCUUUGGAGUCCGCCGCGCCACCGUGCCAAACGCCAUUUAGCUUUUUCGGCUUUUCGAUUAUCUCCGUUGCACCCUUCUCUGCCGUGAAUGCCCCAAAACUACCGUCACGUUCUCCAAUGCCCUAACCGCCAUGAAUUUUCAAAAUGCCUCCGGCGAGCCAACAAGCGCAUUGGGAUUCGGCGAGAAGGCCGUCAUAAAACUCGAACGCGAGGCAAGGUCGGGUGAUCUCGACCUAUUGCCGCUGUCGGAGAGGAGGAGGAUGCUCAUCUAUCCUGAUAUGCCCUCGAAGGGUCUGAACGUAAAGCGAGUCAUCCCAGACUUCAGGAAGGAGUGGCCAAGCUUGCCUAAAGGAGUCAAAUUUGAUCCAUCAGAUGAAGAGCUUCUCUGGCACUUGCUUGCAGAAAUGGGAAAAGGAGUGGCUAAACGACAUCCUUUUAUUAAUGAAUUUAUCUUUUCACUUGAUGAAGAUGCUGGGUUGGGCCAUGUUCUUCCUCAAUUUCUACCAGGUGUUAAACAGGAUGGAAGCGCGUCAUAUUUUUUCCAUAGAAAAAUUGAGAUGCACCGCAGUAGGAACUUCAAAAGACAGAAGAAACAGGACAACUCUGUUGAGAUCUGCUGGAAUAGCAUUGGCAAAUCGAACCUGGUGUGUGUAGAUGGUAUUCACCAAGGGUCUAAGGAAGUAUUGUCUCUCUAUAUGAACACAGUGACUGGUGGGAACCCAUUGAAAACGCCUUGGUUGAUGCACCAGUACUGCAUUGGCAUAAAUGAAACUGAGGAAGACUUGGUUGUUUCCAAAAUUUUCUAUGAGAUAAGUUCUAACCAGGACAUUCAAGAUUCACGAACAGAUUCUGUGCAUGGUUUAGUUGCAGCAGUGGUUGGUGUAGCUGAUUCUCUGCAAGUGGCACCUGAAUUUCAUGAGAGGUUACAUGCUGACUCUGUUUCUGCGGAUGCAUCAUCUCAGGCAGUGGAACUCGGCAUAGGUGGUGAAACAAAUAUUAAGGUUGUGGAUUAUUUAAAAUCAGCUAGCUGUCAAAAACCUCCUAUUAAAUAUCUUGAGAAGGCAAAAACCAAUCUUGACAAGAAUUCUGACGGUACUCUAGCAACUGAUGAGCUCGCACUGUUGGAGUCCGCCUGUGAGACAGCUGCAGAAAUCAGCAUUUUUUGUACAAGUGCAAAAUCUGAAAUCAGAGAUGAGGACCAGGAGUGUGUGGUUGAGAAAAGAGCUGAUGAUUUUCAGAGUAAUUUAGGUGAUUGUGGAAACUGGAUAAAUAACUACAACUAUAAUGAAGUAAUAGAUGAUACAUGCGAUUCUAAUGAUACACAGGUCUCUAUGGAAAAGUCAUGUCCGAAGAUAGUUCCAGAGCAUGAUCUUCAGAAAAAUAUCAGUGAUAAAAUGUUUAGAACUCAAGGCAGAUUUAUUCCUACUAAAUCUCGUGAAUUCAAUACAACAGGCAUUUAUUCAUUUGCAGGCCACAUAUCAAGGGAAAGACAUGAAACAUAUUCCAAAUGCUUAGAUGAAGCACAUGUUUCACCGAAUAGCAUUCCAAGUGCAGAGCACAAUAUUACACACGAGAAUAGCAUUAAUAGUUUAUUUAUUUUAGGCUUGCCAGCUUACAGCCUAAAAGGCAAACCUUCAAAAGAAACUGAACCUAUUAUUUCUUUUGAAAACAAUUCCAAUAAUUGGGUAAAUAUUUCAGCCCAAUCAGCUUUGCCUAUCAAGAUAGAACCCAAAUCUUUUGUUGACACUGAAAUUGAUAUUGCUUCUGAAAAAUUCUCCAGUAAUAGGUUAAAUGUUUCAGCACCGUCCGUUAUGAUUAUUAAGGUAAAAAAUGAACCUUUUGAAGAAGUGGAAGCAAGCAAUGUUCUGGAAAAGUAUGUUGAGAAGCAUUCGAGUUUUUCUCAAUUGAGUUGCCCAGAGGAAGGCGCCCCAAGUUGCAAUUUAUCCCAUCUGACAUAUGUUCCUAAAGACCCACGCAUUCCGAGUGCUGAAAUUCUGAAUACUAUGAUAUCUGGUUUGGAUAAACUGCUUUCAGAGACUACUGGAUUGAUGAAUCACCAUCAUGAAGAGGAUGAUAAUGUUCAUGAUGGUCUUUUGAUGAGCAAUGACAAUUCACAAGUUAUUGGUGAUACUGAAUGUUUCAACCAGUCAUCAUAUGCGCAAAUUAAUGUUCAUACUGGAGAACCACAAUCCAAUUCAGUUUCAACCAGCAGUUCCCUGAAUGUUAAAUCUGAGCCUGUCGAGAGCAGUCUUCUGAGCUGCUCGCAAAUUCCUCCUUGCAACACCAGAGGACAUGUAUUGCUGACAUUUGAGAAUAAAAAAGAGCUUUGUAGUGAUUUCCAACCAGACGUACUAGAUCAUGUUCCAUUGAAAUUGAGGCUGGGUAUCUCUGUUUCUGAAGAUGAUGUUAAUGUCAAGAAUGGGAAUAUCUCAGAGGAAAUUGCUCCAGUGACUCCAGCUUGCCGUUCUUUUGGUUCUGUAAAUACUAAAGAAUGUCUUUCCUCUAGUAGAAGGAAAAGGAAACGGAAAAAGAUUGCAACGGAUUCAGUGGAGAAGGCUAUGGAGGAAGAUGCUCCCGGACUACUAAAGGUGCUACUUGAUAGAGGCAUACAAGUUGAGGAAAUUAAACUUUAUGGGGAUCUGGAAGAUAAUGAUCCACUAGAAACCUCUUCUUCUGAGGGCGGUUUUGAAGAGCUUGAAACUGUGAUGACUAAGUUAUUUUCAGAGCGUUCAUCUCUUUUGAGGUUUGCUUCGGGACGACCUGUGAAGGGAGCAAGAGCUGUUUAUUGCUUGGCUGGCUUGAUUUCACUUAUUGAACAGGCUCGCUAUCUGCGCUUUCGUCAAAUUCCUAUUGAUUGGGGAUGGUGUAGGCCUCUGCAGUCUUUUAUUUUUGUUUUUCAAACACACAACAGAAUUGUUUUGGAGCGUCCAGAAUAUGGUUAUGCUACCUACUUUUUUGAGCUUGUCGACUCUUUGCCUAUCGACUGGCAGAUCAGGCGGUUGGUAAUGGCAAUGAAGCUCACUAACUUUAGCAGGACAAUUCUUCUUGAGAACAAACCAUUAAUUGUUGGGGAAGAUCUGUCAGAAGGAGAGGCUCUUGUUCUGGAAGCCUAUGGUUGGGCACGGAAUACUGGGUUUGGAACAUUGCUCAACUACCGCGACAGAGUCGUCCACGACAGGAGAAAUGUGAUUCUUUCGGAAUGGAGGGCUAAGAUUGGAAAGUUGCUAAUGAAUGGAUAUACUGGUGGUCGCAUGGUGCUCGCUAAUUUUCCUAAGAAAGUUGUGGAGUACUUAGGGAAUCUUAGUUCAGAAAUCAAGAUGGAGCUCUGAAAAUUGCUCUCCUGCUUGUGUAGAUUCAGUCAUGCAAUAUAUAGACUUGCACUUGUUUUAUUCUUUUCAUGCCUGAAUAGAUCUAUCUGAUUCUGUCUAUUGUAAGUAAAGAUAUGUAACUUAUUUGUACUAUUGUUGUAAAUUGGAUGAGUUUUACUUGUGAGCUUCUCUGGACUUAUUAAUGGGUAAAGAAAUGGGAUCCAUGAUGCUUUUGGAUCACUAACAUCUAAAAUAUUUCAUGUACAUUAUUAACAUGUAAUAUUUAGUAGAAUACAUAUCUAUUUAGACCA